CAAGCCCCUGAGGCCCACAGACCGGCGCCAACGCUGCGUGAUCUUCCAUCUCCAGUUUACUUCCGAUGCUGGCCCUCGCUAUUUUCCCGGGCUCGUCGGCAACAUCUUGGAAUGCCUAGCAUUGAAGUCGUCAUCCGGCGCCGUUGCAUACACGCCGUUAUCAUACUCACCUCAUAACGCGCUGUCUAGCCGACGAAGGUUAGACACACAUUCUCGGGCGGCAACACACCAUCCCAGCCGAAGCUGGCUGCCGCGUCACCGGGCAACAACCAUGUCUAGUUCCAUGGUUACGGAUUCAAAACCGUUCGCUGAACCCGGCCGCUAUUCCACUCCUACAUCACGCCACACAGUGCGUGAUGAACACAACAGCAUCUCGUCUCUCUCAACGCAAGCUAGCAGCCUGGUAACAUCGUCCGAAUACGAGAAGGUACCAGACAUGGAUGAGUCUUGUUUGGACAGCUUUAUUGUCCCAAUAGUAUCACAGGCAACGUCCUCUUUUCGGUCAGGAGACCAGCAUGACAAUUCGGGGCCCCACCAGAGACGGACGGCGAGCGACUCUUAUAUAGGCUUCCCAGUUGACACCGACAAUUGGGGACGAAUCUCUGGAACGGGUAGACCCCCGCAUCUUCGAUACGCUGCGGACGACAUUGACCUGGCGAGCAAGCCUACGAGACAGGUAGAUUAUUUGUCCAACAAUUGGAGGGAAGAGGAUAUCAGGUUAUCGUGGAGAUACACCAUCUCCAAAAGGCAUGAGUUGUCCAACAGUAACCGGUUGGAGAAUGCCUCUUGGAGAACGUGGGCCAGGGCGAGGAAUGACCUUACCAGGAUUUCGCCCGACAAGCUUGGCUGGCUCAAGGAUUGCGAUGUAACUUGGUUGUAUGGUCCCCUGCAGACCGGAUCAAACCGUGUUUGGCAAGCUCACCCCGAACUGUCGAGCUUAAGCCUGCCCAAGGUGGACUCGUCGGUUAGCCUGAGCAGACCCCCAAUUCUCAAGAAGCGAAACGUGUCAAAGCUCAUGUCGCGAAACGUCGCAUCGCGGUACCCUGUCCGAAAGCACAUCCACUUCGACGAACGGGUUCAGCAGUGCAUUUCAGUCGACGCUAAGAGCGACAACACCCAUGAUAUUGGCAAGAAUCAAUGGGAGGACAGCAGCGAUUCUGACGAUGGCAUUAUGAUGAGACGGGUUAGGCCCCAGAGACGAGGCCGCUUGACAAGAAGGAUAUCAGAGGUUGCCCCACAAACGAGCAGCAAGGCUAUUGCCGCACUUCCAUCAACGGCUCUCAAGUGCCGCGCGGAUGAACCUGAACCGGGGGUGGCCACAAAACAUAGCACCGGCGCCUGUGACUGCCCAACAUCUUCAAUAUCAUCUUCGCAGCGCCCACAUCGGUGCCUAAGACGAUGCUCUAAUUACUCCCUGAGCGAGAAGCAGGACGGCAUCGGCAUCGACGCUGAGGGCAGUGGAUGUGACUGGCGUUCACUGUCCCGAAAAGCGGUACAUCGAUCUGCCUCUACGGACAGUCUGCAGAACGAGACCGGUAGGAUGCAUGGAAUCUCCUGCGGCACGUUAAAGCCUUGUGCUGGAGGCAAUCGGUCGAACAAUGGCAACACCACUGGAGGUGUAGCUGGCGCUGUCACCAUGGCUCGCGGCAUCACUCACAACAUUUGGAACGCAGUCUGGAGAAAAUAGUGCUCUUCUGUUGUCUUGUCGCGGAAAGUGCGCUGCGUUGUGUGACACCGGCCCACGUUGUCUUUGGGCAGAGCGGCGACACUCACGGUGCACACUUGAGCGUCCACAGUGUCGACGUCGUUGCAAUUUGGGAGCCAGCUUCUGCUGCACAAUGCUAGCCUGGCUCUGGAUGUGUGUCGCCGCCAGGUCUUCCUGCCCGAGGCCGACAUGUCCUCUUUGGUAGACUUGCGUAAACUGACUCUCAGAGACGCCAUCUCGAAAAAUGAGAAUGUUCGCGGGCAAGCGGCCGUCGUUAUGCUUU